GAAUUUGGUACUAAGCCCUAUCUAUUAGGUAGUAUACGGCCCUGGGAGUGCCGGUCUUUGAUUGGUGGGCGUGGAGCGGCAACUGGUGCAGCAGCUGUUCCUGCUUAUUCAGUGUAGAAGAGAGUAGAAGCUGGGGGUGUGCACACUACCGGUAAGCGCUGGAAGAACAACUGAGAUUGAAUGCAAAAAGAAUGGCAGAAGCUGUAGCCAAAGUAGCCAGAAGGGUAAAUGAGGUGGUGGAGAAUGGAGGCCACCAUUUAGAUCUAUCCGAAUGUUCUCUAAGCUCUUUCCCAACUGGGCUGUAUUUAGCUACGAGUACAGUUGUUGACCAGAUCUUCUCAAUUUCUUUGGCUAAGAAUGAGUUAAAAAGCUUGGCAGGAAAAUUUUUUACUACUUUCAAAGCAUUACAAGAACUCAGUCUUGAGGGGAAUCUUCUGGAAAAGCUCCCUCAUGAAGCCAGUCUUCUGUGUAACCUCAAAAUAAUCAAUUUAGCAAGAAACAAGUUUGACACAUUCCCAGACCAGCUGACAGAAAUUCAAUGCAUAGAGAACAUCAACCUGGAAGACAAUAAGAUCAAAGAUAUUCCAGUUGAGGCUUUGAAUCGUUUGUCACAUCUUUCAAGUGUGAACCUCAAGCUUAAUCCCAUAAAUAAAGAUGACUUGAACCUUUCCAGCAUUAAAUUUAAAAUCGAUCUGUAAAGUGGAGAAGAAGGAACGUUGAUCUCAUCUUGGAUUUAUGCCUUACAGUUUGCUGUUCUGCAGGAACGCCUCUCUCUAAAGAAUCAAUGUUAAAGUACUGAAACAAUCAUUUUAAAUUAUGGGUGUGCUUUGCUGUUUUAAUAUUUAGGUUGUGGAAUUAAAAAUCUGCUUU